ACCCGACCCGGCCCGCCCCGCCCCGCACCCGCACCCGGACCCGCUCCGGCUCCGGCCGGCCGCCGCCUCUUCGUUCCCCGGCCCCCAGGCCCGCGCCGCCCCGGAGGGAGCCGCAAGCGCAGGGAGGCCGAGCGCGGACGCGCCAGCAGGCUCCAGGAUGGCAGAAGACGACCCGUAUUUGGGAGGGCAUGAACAAAUGUUUCAUUUGGAUCCUAUGAAUCAUACAAUAUUUAAUCCAGAAUUAUUUCAACCAGAGAUGCCACUGCCAACAGCAGAUGGCCCAUACCUUCAAAUAUUAGAGCAACCUAAACAGAGAGGAUUUCGUUUCCGUUAUGUGUGCGAAGGCCCCUCCCAUGGUGGACUCCCUGGUGCAUCUAGUGAAAAGAACAAGAAGUCCUACCCUCAGGUCAAAAUCUGCAACUAUGUGGGACCUGCAAAGGUUAUUGUUCAGUUGGUCACAAAUGGAAAAAACAUUCACCUGCAUGCACACAGCCUGGUGGGAAAACACUGUGAGGAUGGCAUCUGCACUGUAACUGCUGGACCCAAGGACAUGGUGGUCGGCUUUGCAAACCUGGGUAUACUUCAUGUGACAAAGAAAAAAGUAUUUGAAACACUGGAAGCACGAAUGAUGGAGGCAUGCAUAAGGGGCUAUAAUCCCGGACUUUUGGUGCAUCCUGAUCUUGCCUAUUUGCAAGCAGAAGGUGGAGGAGACCGGCAGCUCACAGAUCGGGAAAAGGAGGUCAUCCGCCAGGCAGCUCUUCAGCAGACCAAGGAGAUGGACCUCAGCGUGGUGCGGCUCAUGUUCACAGCUUUCCUUCCAGACAGCACCGGCAGCUUCACGAGGCGCCUGGAACCCGUGGUGUCGGACGCCAUCUACGACAGCAAAGCCCCCAACGCGUCCAACUUGAAAAUAGUAAGAAUGGACAGGACAGCUGGAUGCGUCACUGGAGGGGAAGAGAUUUAUCUUCUCUGUGACAAGGUUCAGAAAGAUGACAUCCAGAUUCGAUUUUAUGAAGAGGAGGAAAAUGGUGGAAUCUGGGAAGGAUUUGGAGAUUUUUCCCCCACAGAUGUUCAUAGACAAUUUGCCAUCGUCUUCAAAACUCCAAAGUAUAAAGAUGUCAACAUUACAAAACCAGCCUCCGUGUUCGUCCAACUUCGGAGGAAAUCUGAUUUGGAAACUAGCGAGCCAAAACCUUUUCUCUACUACCCUGAAAUCAAAGAUAAAGAGGAAGUGCAGAGGAAACGGCAGAAGCUCAUGCCCAAUUUCUCGGACAGUUUCGGCGGUGGCAGUGGUGCUGGAGCUGGAGGCGGAGGCAUGUUUGGCAGCGGCGGUGGAGGAGGGGGUGCUGGAAGUGCGGGUCCAGGCUAUGGCUUCCCCCACUACGGAUUUCCUACAUAUGGUGGAAUUACCUUCCACCCUGGAACCACUAAAUCUAAUGCUGGGAUGAAGCAUGGAACCAUAGACACCCAAUCUAAAAAUGACCCUAAAGGGUGUGACAAGAGUGAUGACAGAGAAGCUGUACGUCUCUCUGGGAAAGUAAGAGAAACCACAGAAGAAGAUAAGGAGUCCUGCAGUGGGGACGAUGAGGCUGAUCUGACGUGUGCAGUGGGGGUCAUGGAGGAGAAUUACAGGUCCCCGGACAACCUCUUUCUAGAGAAGGCUAUGCAGCUUGCCAAACAGCACGCCAACGCCCUUUUUGACUACGCAGUGACAGGAGACGUGAAGAUGCUGCUGGCUGUCCAGCGCCAUCUCACCGCCGUACAGGAUGAGAAUGGGGACAGUGUCUUACACUUAGCAAUCAUCAACCUUCAUGCUCAGCUUGUGAGAGAUCUGCUAGAAGUCACAUCUGGCUUGAUUUCUGAUGAGAUUAUCAACAUGAGAAAUGACCUCUAUCAGACGCCCUUGCACUUGGCAGUGAUCACCAAGCAGGAGGCUGUGGUGGAGGACUUGCUGAGGGCCGGGGCCGACCUGAGCCUUCUGGACCGCUUGGGUAACUCUGUUUUGCACCUAGCUGCCAAAGGAGGACAUGAUAAAAUUCUCAGUAUUUUACUCAAGCACAAAAAGGCAGCACUACUUAUCGACCACCCCAACGGGGAAGGUCUGAACGCCAUUCACAUAGCCAUGAUGAGCAACAGCUUGCCAUGUCUGCUGCUGCUGCUGGCCGCCGGGGCGGACGUCAACGCCCAGGAGCGGAAGUCGGGGCGCACGGCGCUGCACCUGGCUGUGGAGCAGGACAACAUCUCCUUGGCUGGCUGCCUGCUCCUGGAGGGUGAUGCCCACGUAGACAGCACCACCUAUGAUGGAAGCACACCGCUGCACAUAGCAGCUGGGAGAGGGUCUACCAGGCUGGCAGCUCUCCUCAAAGCAGCAGGAGCAGAUCCCCUGGUGGAGAACUUUGAGCCUCUGUAUGACCUGGAUGACUCUUGGGAUGAGGACGGAGAGGAUGAAGGAGUCGUGCCUGGAACCACACCUCUAGACAUGGCUACCAGCUGGCAGGUAUUUGACAUAUUAAAUGGGAAACCCUAUGAGUCAGAGUUUACAUCUGAUGACUUACUGGCACAAGGAGACAUGAAACAGCUGACUGAGGAUGUAAAGUUGAAGCUCUACAAGUUGCUAGAAAUUCCUGAUCCAGACAAAAACUGGGCUACUCUGGCACAGAAGUUAGGUCUGGGGAUACUAAAUAAUGCCUUUCGGCUGAGUCCUGCUCCUUCCAAAACCCUUAUGGACAACUACGAGGUAUCUGGGGGGACAGUAAGAGAGCUGGUGGAGGCCCUGAGACAGAUGGGCUACACGGAAGCGAUUGAAGUGAUCCAGGCGGCCUUCUGCACCUCGGGGACUGCAGCCCCCGGCCCGGUGAAGACCGCCCCCCAGGCCCCCUCGCUGCCCUUCUCGCCUGUCUCCACAAGGCAAAUAGGUCCCGGGUUCCACCAUCUUCCCCUCCCGACACGACCAUUCAGACGAGCUCCGGGACGACAGCAUCUGUGACAGCGGCGUGGAGACGUCCUUCCGCAAACUCAGCUUUACCGAGUCUCUGACCAGCGGCAGCUCAUUGCUGACUCUUAACAAGAUGCCCCAUGAUUACGGGCAGGAAGGACCGAUAGAAGGCAAAAUUUAGCCUGCUGGCAGUUUCCAACAUCGUGUAAACCAAAGCUCUGAAAUUCCACCGCACUGUCUGUGUGAGAAGGAAGGUUAAGUGCAUCCCAAGGUGCUCAGAGGAACGCCGGCCUGCCUGGAUCGUUCGGGAUGUCAUUCAGGGCCUUUUACACGUGGCUUUCUUUCUGAGUUCCUAAUGAGUUUUACUUCAGUUGACUUACAGAUGGCAUGUACAGUCACAGCCCUCGGCUGGGCUGGCGACCCAGGGGGGCUGAAGUGGUUUGCUGUGCUUUACCGGCUGCUUUCUGUUGUCAUUGCUGCUGUCCCUCUGCUGCUUUCCCACUGUCAUUAAAAGCUGCCGCAGUCCUCUCCCCAUCUGGUGGUCUCUCUCGCCAUCCACAUCACAGCUGUGCAUUCAAAUUAAAGAUUACUGGGCUUUUCCUAACGAGAUUAUCUGAUCUGAGAAAAGAAUAUGUACAUGUCAAUAUUUAAACAUGGUUACAAUCAGUGCUGAAAGUGGUAUUUUCCCCCUUUUCUGCAUUUUGCUAUUGUAAAUAUGUUUUUUAGAUCAAAUACUUUAAAGGAAAAAAAUGUUGAAUUUAUAAAUGCUAUUUUUUAUUUUACUUUUAUAAUAAAAGGAAAAGCAAACUGA